CUCCUCCUGCUGCUGCUGCUGCUCUGGAUUCAUUCUGAGCAAAGAACCCGAUAGCGGAGGAGAUGCGCAACUACGCAAUGACUGGCGACAGUGGCGAGUGCUUCUAGGGAGACAAGACAAGGGAGAGGCGUGGGGGGUGCUGCAGCAGCCAUCCCGGUCUCCAGAGCUGAGGUCGGUCAUGGUGGGACGGGGACUCUGGGUGUGUAAAGCCCGGUUAGGGAAGCGAGGGAGCCGGCUCGGGGUGCUGCCCUUCCUGUGCGCUGCAGCGGCGUGCGCGGCGCUGCUGGCCCUGCUCUUCGUGGACCUCAUCGAGUCCUGGGUCACCUCCAGGAACAUGAACACCGAGGUGGAGCAGCACGCCGGCAUCCUGCCCCUGCAGAGCAUCCCCCCCGCCAGACCCGAGGAGUUCCUGCUCAUGCCCAGCCCGCUCGUGUGCCAGCGGGCCAAGCCCUACCUCAUCACCAUGGUCACCUCGGCCCCCGCCAACCAGAGGGCCCGCCAGGCCAUCCGGGACACCUGGGGAGGGGAGGUGGAGGUCAGGGGCCUAAGGGUCAUGACCCUCUUCAUGGUGGGCGUUGCGUCAGGCCCAGGACUGGCCAAGCUGCUGAUAGAGGAGGCCAGGGAGCGAGGGGAUCUGGUCCAGGGCCGGUUUAUGGACACCUACUCCAACCUCACCCUGAAGACCCUGUCCAUGCUGAGCUGGGCCCGCAGGUUCUGCCCUCAGGCCCACUUCAUGGCCAAAGUGGACGAUGAUGUUCUCUUCAAUCCCAGCGCCCUCCUGCACUUCCUGAACAAGAGCCGUAACCCCUAUGAACAAGGAGACCUGUACCUUGGCAGGGUGCAUCUCCAUGUGGCCCCAGACCGGGAUCCAGACAGCAAGCACUACCUCCCUUCAGGUGCCUAUCCUCCCACUGUCUUCCCAGACUAUUGCAGUGGCACGGCCUACGUUCUGUCCCGCUCUGCAUUGCUCAAAAUCUCCAUGGCAGCCUCUGCUUCACCUCUAUCCACACCUCUGCCCCCUGAGGAUGUGUUUGUGGGUCUAUGUGCCCGGACUGCUGGCGUGCUACCCUCACAUUGCCCUCUCUUCUCUGGAGGUCCAGGCGUUCCCUAUGGGCGCUGCUGUUACCAGGCCAUGGUGUCCAUCCACCACAUCCCACCCAGGGAGAUGCUGCAAUUCUGGGCCGACGUUCACUCAUCUGCUCCCUGCACUUGGCUGAGUCUUCGUGCUUCACUGGGGAUGUGCAAAAUCAGGGCGAUGCUGGGGUCGGCUCUGGGGCUGGAGCAGGGGCUGUAAGGGGAACCCGAGCAGGAGAACAGGAACCAGUGGGGCUGUGCCUCGCUUCCAUGCUGUGAACAGCACAAGUGCUCUUCCUAUUGUGAAGCUGCACUAUGUGUGCACUGAAAAAAAUGGCGGUUUAUUUUUUAUAGCUUUAUUUUUUUAAACACUAUUUAACA